AGUUUCCUCUAGAGUCUUUGCCUCAUCCUCAGUGCUUUGCUUUCACUACUUAUUAUCCAGUCCACAUAACCCGCGAUAACAGCUCACCAUGCAUGUUCAACAGUCAUCACUUCUUCUGCUUCUCGCCUUGUUGCAAGCAACAGCUUGCUCAGGAAGUUUUAUCAUAGGAGGCAGAGAGGUCACAAAACCCAAACCAUGGAUGGUCUCAGUCCAGAUCGAGAAUUUUCACAUCUGUGGAGGAACUCUUAUUCAUCAGGAGUGGGUUCUGUCGGCUGCACACUGCAAAGCUCUUUACAAACUUAAAACAAUGGCAGUGCUCGUCGGUGCUCACUCUCUGAAAAAGGACAUGAAAACUGCUCAACGGGUCAACGUCCUGAGCUUUCACAUCCCUGAAACCUUCAGCAAUAAAACUAAGGUUGAUGACAUCAUGCUCCUGAAGCUCCAGAGCAAAGUCCAGCUUAAAAAAAAAAAAGUGGAAGUGAGGACGAUUCCCAAAUCGGGCAAAGACAUCCCAGCAGGGACAAAAUGUGUAGUGAGUGGGUGGGGAACCACUAAGAUAGAAACUCCAAAAUCCAGUGACACCCUGCAAGAGGUGGAGGUGACGGUGAUAGACAGGGAACUGUGUAACUGCUACUACAACAGCAAACCUAACAUUACUGUCGACAUGCUGUGUGCAGGAAACAAGCAGGGGAAUAAAGAUGCAUGUUGGGGGGAUUCUGGUGGACCUCUGGAGUGUCAGAAAAGCAUUGUGGGUCUGGUGUCAGGAGGAAAUGGCUGUGGCAAUCCCAAAAAACCUGGUGUCUACACUCUUCUCUCUAAGAGACACAUUUCCUGGAUUAACAAAACCCUUAAAAAGCAUUCCAACAUCACAGAGGUUUAGAUACAUGUUUAUAAAUGCUUGCAGGAUAUAGGUUUUAAAAAGCCUUGUUUAUUUUUGAAGAUGUCAGUGACUUUACCUUUUUGUUCAUAAUUUGUAGAUAACUGUCUUAAGUCUGCUUGUGACAUUUUACAACUCCACAAUACUUAUUGUUCAGACAACACUGUAGGAUGAGUUGCCCAUAAAUCUCUAUUAUUUGCUAGAAAUAUUGGCUUUGUCAUUCCUGUUAAAAACUAAAGACAUGCCUUUGCUAAACAAUGAGUUUCAUUAGAAAUUCUGAGCAAUACGGAAACAACCACAUUAACAGGACACAGUGGGUCAGGAGCAAAACACUGUGUGUGCAUGUGCAUUAUAGGAAAAUAAUCACCAUUAUCAUGCCAAAGAAACAGCACACUGCCGAAUGUUUUACUGGCCUGACAGCACAGCAAUUUGCCAACUAGAGCAAUGAUUUAUUUUUCUUAAAAUACAUGUAAUCCAUGUAUAGUUAUAUUUAACAUUUCAGAAUUUCUCUUGUUUUUCCUCUUGAUUGAAGUUAUUAAAAUAAUUUCUUAUAAACAGAACAAUAAAAGAAGAUUUUCCUGUAUUAGAAAAAUUCAACUUUUGUUCAACUUUUGUUAUUUUAUUCUUUUAAAAAUGUGCAAAGGUUUGUGUAAAAGCAUGUGUAUGUGCAUGAGCUCUUACUUAUUGGAACAAUAAAUAAAUAAAUAUGUGUUGCAGCUACA